CCAUCCCACGCAUUUAUCCUCAGGAUUCUCUUAUCUCUACUCCUUAUUUAUCUGCCAUUCUGAUUAUCGCUAUCACUGGCAACAACGCAUCUGCCGACAGAGAGAGAGAGGGAGAGAGAGACACAGAGAGAGAGAGAGACAGAGAAACAGACAGCAAGAGCGUUCAAAUGCGUUUUCUCCGUGGGAAAUUCUUAGCACAGAAGAAAACAAACUUCAAUGUGAUCGCAAUAAAAACAAACUGUUUCAAGGACAUCAAAAAAAGUUGCACGCGAUAAUUUGGCUCGAUCGUUUUUCUCGACGCUUUUUUUUACUUGCCAAAAAAAAAAGAAGGCAGUUGGGAAGGGGCGAAUCGUUGGGCUGGAUUUGUGAUUCAUGGACUGGUGCGUUCUGAUUCCUUUAGAAAACCACCGUAAACACUGACAACAUCAAGGCGUCUCUGAAGUUGCUGCUGCUACUGACCUGUGCGUGUGUGUGUGUGUGCGUGUGUGUGUGUUUGUGUGUGUGUUGUGCUGGGGGUGGGUUGUGGAGUAAGAGAUUUGUUUGUUUGCUCCCCGCUUUCAGGGGAAUGCUGCUGGAUGCGGGACCGCAGUUCCCCACCCUCGGGGUGGGCACCUUCGCGAGGCACCACCACCACCACCACCACCACCACGCCACCGCCGACAUGUCCGACCGGGAUCUGGCCAUGUCUCAGAACACCUUUGUCGACUCGGCGCACAUGGGCGCCUUCAAGCUGAAUGCCGGCGUCCACCACGACCCGUCCGCUGCCCAGACCUCGGCUUUCAGCGCACAAGCGGCGGCCGGCCCGGGAUACCCGUCCGCUUUAGCUCCCCACGCCGCUCAUGUCGGCUCCUACUCGGGCGCCGCUUUCAACUCCACGCGGGACUUUAUCUUCCGCAGCCGCGGCUACACCGACUCGAGCCCGGGCUCCGGGCAACACGGUAUCUUCGGACCGAGCCCAGGGGGCUUACAUCACCCACAUUCGGACACCUCGGCACAUAUUCUGUUCCCCGGCAUCCACGAACAAGGAGCAUCGCAUCCGUCUCCAAACGCGCACGUCCUGAACGGCCAAAUGCGCUUGGGGCUGGCCGGUGAAGUAUUCGGGCGCUCGGACCAGUGUCCCAGGACUGACCCCUUCUCGGCUGCCCAGGUGCACCACCACCACCACAAUUAUGGACAGAUGAAUAUGAACAUGGGUAUGAAUAUGGCAACGCAUCGCGGUGCAGGAGCCUUCUUCCGAUACAUGCGGCAACCCAUCAAGCAGGAACUCAUCUGUAAGUGGGUCGAUCCCGAGCAACUGGCCAACCCCAAAAAGUCCUGCAACAAAACCUUCAGCACUAUGCACGAGUUGGUCACCCACGUUUCGGUGGAGCAUGUCGGAGGUCCGGAGCAGACCAACCACAUCUGCUUCUGGGAAGAGUGCGUCCGGGAAGGCAAGCCUUUCAAAGCCAAAUACAAAUUGGUGAAUCACAUCAGGGUUCACACCGGCGAGAAGCCGUUCCCCUGCCCGUUUCCCGGCUGCGGCAAAGUUUUCGCCAGGUCAGAGAACUUAAAAAUCCACAAACGCACCCACACAGGUGAAAAACCAUUUAAGUGCGAAUUUGAAAACUGUGACAGGCGUUUCGCCAACAGCAGCGACAGGAAGAAGCACAUGCAUGUGCACACUUCAGAUAAGCCCUAUCUGUGCAAGAUGUGUGACAAGUCAUACACUCACCCCAGCUCUCUGAGGAAACACAUGAAGGUCCAUGAAGCAUCUCAAGGUUCUGAGUCCUCACCAGCAGCCAGCUCUGGCUAUGAAUCGUCCACUCCACCAGUCCUGGUCUCACCGUCUGCCGAACCUCCAAACAGCAAUAAUUUAUCCCCCGCCUCUACUGCCGUGCAUACCAACGUCGGCAUCUCUUCCAACUUCAAUGAGUGGUAUGUGUAAAAAAAGACCAAAGGCCCCAAACGUGGAAGAUCGUCACCUCCGUCUCUAAACUUGAAAAUAGAUCAAACAGCUUUAUCUGCAGUCUGCGUUAAUGAAAAACUGAGAACGAAAUAAACCCCCCAUACCAGCAAUACCGAGUUGCAGUGAUUUUGCAGAAAUUAAGAUCAAAUUUUAUUUAUGUCUCACGGAACAAAUAUUUAGGCCACUUUUACAACUCUGUGCAAAAGAAGCUUUGACUGUCUGCUGAACUGGAUUUGGGAUCUUUGAGACUGAGUGUUCUUUCACAGCUAGUGAUUUCUUCCUUGAGAUGACAAGGCUUCCCAAAUUGGACAUAAUGGAAGCACAAACGUACAGAGAGAAUGAUUUCCUUGUAUUUUAAUGCUGAAAGUUGUCGCCCUUUGCAGGGAGACCGAUUGUAAAAUCUUCAUCCAAUCAUAUAGAAUGGAAACUGUGCCAAAGUCAAGUUACAGUUCACAAAUACACAUAAAGAACACGAUUAAUUGCUUGUGAAUGUAUUUCUUCUGUUAGCUGAGUUUUUAUCUUGUGAUGUUUUGUGCUUUGCAAGUUUAAAUUGUGAAAUACUAUUGGAAGAUUGUGAAAAAGUCGUGCUGUUAAUUUUUGUAACAACGAUACCCAUUCUGUAAAUAGCCGCCUUACCAUAUUUAUCCCAGUUGUAAUUAAAUUAUGGUAUUAACUUGUUACAGAUGAAACAAUAUUUAUAAAGAAUGUUUCUUAACUAUAAAUAUGUACAAUUGUGAGGUAAACAUCAGAUUGUUCAGAUUGUUCCCGUUUUAAUUUCUAGAUAAAGCAACGUUCCCCUCUUCUUGUGUGAUGUCCUGAGAUCAUUAACAGCAUACAAAGGUAUAAUAAAACGUGUUCAG